UGUAUAGGGAUGGAGCAUGGUUUGAUAGCCAGGUAGAGACGUACCGCGCGCUAUGCACCUAAUUAUCGGCUUCUGACAGGCGCCAUGUCUAAAACAUGGCUAUACACGAGCACAACGACCCACCCUACCCGGGUACUAUGCUCAGUUGCUGCUCAAUUGCUGCAAAGCCGUCUUUUUGUUUGGCUUCUGAGGGUACGAACAUAUUUUUUUGCACAGUGCACUGCAUAAGGCGUCAGUGUUCCCCUCCAGCCACUCACAAACGCGUUCUGUGUAUCUGUGUCUACGAAACACAUCCCCCGUCCUUCCUGCACCAUGCAACGUUUCCUUAAUCUUGUGUCCUCCUCCCCUGCCAAGUCAGUUAACCCCAUGGACAUCAUCUCCGAUUCCGUCACCAGCUCCAGCAGUCAGGAUGACCAUCCCAAUCCCGUCGACUCUUUGGAGGAUCUGAUCGACUCUUUGGAGAGACCAAUCCACUCUGACGACAACCCUGACGAGGACCAAGAACCGGACUUCUUCGAUCACCAGCGCGGAAUUGAGGGCCCCGGGACCUCCUCCACCACCACCACUACCACCGUCGUCGUAGUCGGCACCUCGCAGCACGCAGAACAAGAGCAGGAGCGCCAAUCCCCCUCGACAAACGAGAGCAAUAUUCGGACAAUUGUUCACACUCUCCUACCGACGGGGUCGAUCGUGACUGAAGAUACCCUCGACCGUCUAUCCCGUGCAUUCGAGAUAAUCGCGAAGGAGACAGCCAAGGCCACGGUCUCCGAGGCCAUAUCAGCAAAGAUAUCAAUUGGAUCAAGAAAAGCAACUCUUAAGCCCAAGUCCGCUGCCAAAAGAGGACGAGGACGUCCUCCAAAGACAGGCGUCCAGGCUGGCACUAAGCGAGCCGCAGAGAGUGACGAACCAUCCAAGGCCAAAAGACAGAAAGCAGCGCGUAAAGGCGACGGAGGCUCGUCCAAUCAAGUAUUACAACAAAGGAAAGAGCGUACAGGUGGAAGAACCGAAAGAGUCUGCAACACAUAGCAAGGCUACUACUUCGGUAUCAGAGCACAAGGGCAAGAAGGUGCAGGCAAAGGAUGAUGAGGACGAAGGCGCAGAUGAGGCCGAAGAUGAGGCCGGAGAUGUGCCAGAGCCUGAGUAUGAGGUCGAGUCGAUUUUGGACCACAUGAAACGCCGAAAUGGUCCACACAUGUUUCUCAUCAAGUGGAAGGGGUACGACGCGA